CCAUCACACUCGUGAUCAGUAACAGGUCUCCAAUAGCUAUCGCCCAUCACCAACUGGCACUAGUUCAUUCGCGUCUAUUUUGUACGCGAAACAGUAAAAAAAGAAAAAAAUAUUUGUACUAUUUUUCUAACGUUUAUACGCUUUUUAUAAAUGAAGACCCAGCCACAGAUAAUGCUGUGAGGACCCGAUUCCAAUAGACGAAAGCAAAGCGCGAACACCCUGCGAAAGGCCCAUAUCUCCCAAAAAACCGAUUCGAGUGCGGAAAAUGAUGUAAAACGGGGGGAAAUCUAAACCUGAAAGACCCCACAAACACAGCCAGAAAAUGGAAAGGCACUAGCAGCAACAACAUCAGAGAAGCGCCCAAGAUGAGCAUGUCGUGGCAUUUUUGAAGCCUCGAUUGUUUGUUAGUCAGCUUUCUGUUUAAGUCACCGAGGUACCACAGUCUCCCUCCACUAUUCCAACAGAUUUAACUCCAGCUCCGAAACCCGAGUCCAGACUACCUAAUCCCAGCAAGAGCAGUCCAUGAUGCAUAUCAAAAGCCUGCCCCAUGCCCAUGCCGCUGCUACGGCGAUGAGCAGUAACUGCGAUAUCGUCAUAGUGGCCGCCCAGCCCCAAACCACCAUAGCAAACAGUAAUAACAAUGAGACGGUCACCCAGGCCACGCAUCCGGCUCACAUGGCGGCGGUCCAACAGCAGCAGCAACAACAACAACAACAGCAGCAACAACAUCAUCAGCAGCAGCAACAGCAGUCGAGCGGACCACCCUCUGUGCCGCCACCGCCCACGGAACUUCCCUUGCCCUUCCAGAUGCACUUAAACGGGAUCUCGGCAGAGGCGCAUAGUGCCGCCCAAGCAGCGGCCAUGGCAGCUGCCCAGGCCGCAGCAGCUCAAGCUGCUGCGGCGGAGCAACAACAACCGCCGCCACCGCCUCCACAUCUGACGCACCUGACCACGCAUAGUCCGACAACGAUCCACAGUGAGCAUUACCUGGCCAAUGGACAUAGCGAGCAUCCCGGUGAGGGCAACGCUACCGGAGGCGGAGGGGGAGCUGUCCGCGAGCCGGAGAAACCCUUCCACUGCACCGUCUGCGAUCGUCGCUUCCGGCAGCUAAGCACACUGACCAACCACGUGAAGAUCCAUACUGGCGAGAAGCCCUACAAAUGCAACGUUUGUGAUAAGACCUUCCGUCAAUCGUCGACACUGACGAACCAUCUGAAGAUCCAUACGGGCGAGAAGCCUUAUAACUGCAACUAUUGUCCCAAGCAUUUUCGACAGCUGAGCACGCUGGCCAACCAUGUGAAGAUCCACACGGGUGAAAAGCCUUUUGAGUGCGUCAUCUGCAAGAAGCAGUUCCGACAGUCCAGCACGCUCAACAACCACAUAAAGAUCCAUGUCAUGGACAAAGUCUACGUUCCUGUUAAGAUCAAAACAGAGGAGGAGGAGGGGUGACUAGGACGAAUGCCGUUGGCGGCACACCACCAUCAGCACCAGCAGCAGCAACACCAGCACCACCAUCAACAGCAGCAGCAUCAGCACCACCCUCCGCCUCCGUCCCAGCAGCAGCAGCAUAUCGACCAGCGAGGAGUCACCAUAACCACGUUGCCCUCCGCCACGACAGUGGCCCAGCACCACCAGCAGCACCAACACAUUCAGGAUGGCUCGCCGCACCAUCAUUUUAAUGUGGCCGCUCUAGGGGACUUGUCCAGCGCUAUGCAACUAGGUGCUGUUACGGCGGACGGGAGCUUUGUGACCAUGGGUGGCGUUGUGGUGGGCCGCAUCCAGCACACACGCGAGGAACUGCAGCAGCUUGGAGUGAUCAAGGUGGAGUCACCAUCGAAUGGUGGCACAGCCACAACGUCAGCGGCGGCGGAAACGCAACGCGAGGGAUGAGUCGAUGAGCUGCUCCUCGAGUACAUGCUCAAGGAGGAGAAUGUGGAUGAACAGGAGGUGGAGUCGGAAGUGGAAGCGGAUGUAGUGGAAAUUCAGGAGCAGAAAGAGGAGCAGCGAUCGAGCCAGAAGUGAGCCAUGUUUGGUGUGUACGCUUACGUUGUUGUUAGUUGUUUAAUUGUAGCGAACAUUGUUGUUGUUGUUAAGGUUUAAAUGUGUGACUAAGAACUUACCAAGAUGAAUGUAUAGCAAACGCUUCAAAAGUAGCUAAACGAAAGGCGCCAACACCAGCACCCAGAGCUCCCAAAAAAGAGAACACAAACCGCAAACAGAAACAGAAAUACUAAAAUAAUAGUAAAGCUAAACUAAAAACCAGAUGAAAGACCUUAGCAGAGAGUUGUCUCUAUAGCAGCGCACCCCAUCUCACAUUCACCACGCUCUCAGCCCCGGAAAUAGAUUAAACCACUCUCUACUCACUUAAAUAAUCCUAACCCUAACUAGAGUGAAAAUAAUUUGCUAAUAGCAAAAGAAAACUAAACCCGUAACAAGCUAAAAGUCAUUGUGUGUAAGAGAAACUUAACUUAAAUGCUUCCCAAAGUGCGAACCCGUUUCAGAUUUUAAAUUUGUUGAUCCGACUCACUUUUAAAUUGUUUAAUUUAGCAUUUAAAGUUUAAGAAAAAUUGUUGUACAACUCAAAGUUGGCGACGUUUUUUCGCCAUCUUGCAAGGGCGUGUUUUGGUCUGGGCUAACACAAAUACAAUUUGUUUAUAAAAUUAAUAGCUUAAUUAUUUAACUUCGUAAUCUUAUCCGAAAAACCUAAAACAAAAUAUCCUGAACAGAAAACGGCAAACAAAAAAAUUCUAAUAGUGUUAAGUGGUCGAAACUAUCUAAUUAGCUCUUAGUCCCGAGAGAGCCAUAGUUUUAAAAUCAGCGUUUUGUUAAUUUUAAUUGAUUAGUCUUAGUAGUUUUAAUUUCAGCAUUGGCAUAAUUUGGAAACACAAAAGCUGUCACGCUAGCCCUCGUUUAAAUAUUAGUUAAUGAAGUAAACAAAAAGUAACGCUAAUUAAUUAAUAACUAAUUACGAUUGUGAAAUAGGAAAGCAACAAGUUCUGUACAAAGCCCAACUCCAAUUUGUAUGUAUAAAGCGAAAGCAGCGGCGUUAAGGAGAGAGUUUAACUAAAUUGUAAACGAAAACCUUUUUAAAAGAGAAAAUAAUAUUUUCUAAAAAUACAA